UGAGGGGUGGACUCGUGCUCCUAGGGGUCCCCGCCCCACCUUGUCUCUCUGAGGGUGACGGCCUCUGCUGCUUCAGCUUGGCCCGCCCCGCCCUGAAGUCAAACAGGGUGCAGGCGGCGGCAGCUUGAAGACAAACAGAAAAUUGUCCUUUGGAGUGGCUUCAACAAGUUGUGGUUGUCGGGAGUGAACAGUGUGGCGGUGUUUCCUGUGUGUCGUGGCGUGUCGUGCCGCGCUGUGCCGUGUUGGUACUCAGGUGUGGGGAACAGCGUGCACGGGACGAGGUGCACCCACCGGGACACAGCUGUGGGACGCCUGUGUCAGGGUGUCGAGGCACAGCAGGCCGCUGGUGUCUGUAAGUGGCCCGCACCGCCCGUGUCCUGCCUGCAGUGUGGGACUGUGUUGUGUGGCUGUGGCGGCCGUGGCGCAUCGGGUGUGCGUGCCUGGGCCUGGCGCUGCCGCUAUCAACUGUCAUUGUGUGCCACAGAUUACCCGCGGCGGCGGUGGCGGCGGCGACGGUGCUGACUGACGUGAGUCUCCGCCGCUGCCGUCGGGCCCACCUCCGGGGUUCAGAUUGUGUAACAGACUAUGUGAUAAUACCCUUGACUCCCUGUGGACACUUGAGUCUAGUGAGUGUGUGAAAGAAUGAGUGCCAUGCCGCGCCCUGCCCCCCGCCAGGCCCCGCGGUGAGUCAGGCGCGCUCCCCCACGCGUUGUGGAAGCAGGUUAAGCCUCCCCCCGGGUCAUGUCGCGGUCGGCGUCGGUUUCGGUGCCGCGGCGCGAGCUGUAUGUGGUGCCCGAGCGGCGUGCCUCUCUGGAGCUGGAGGACGCGCCGCGCCUCCUCCACGACCAGCCGCGGGAGUACGAGUCGUGGCCCUGCGACUCUUUCUUCCUGCUACCGGACGCAGUGCUGGCCAUGGACGCCGGCGCCUUCCGUGCCGACCUCAUGUCCCUCGACCCUGCCCUCUCGGCCUCCCUGCCUGACUGGGACCUUCCGGGCCUGACGGGGCGUGCCGCCUCACCCUCACAGGACCCGCCCUACAGGACCCGUGGCCCAGGAGGUCACGGCGGUCCCUUUACCCACAAGGCGGACCGCCGCUCCCUCACCCUACUUGACCACCACGAGGGCCUCACCGUGCACUCCGCCGGCCAGGGCACCGUGCUUAUAGGUAAGUGUUUGCCCACCGCGGGGUGUGGGGAGUUACCUUCUCUCCUCCCCUUCCCUCUCCCCGCUCCGGCCCUGCAGAAACAUUCCCGUAAUUAG